GGGAAACACACCCGUCAGCAGCGGCGCGCAUUGGAGAGACAAAAAAGGAAAAAAGAAAAAAAAAGCGCACGACGGACAAAGGGAAUAUGGGUGCGCUGGAGAGGAUCUAUCUCAGCCGGGCAACGCAAUGGAUGAGCUGCUUCUGUUUCAUUCACAGGGAGAUCAAUUAGCCCACCUUAAUGAGGUGCUGGGAUGCAAGAUACUGCCAGCUAAAAAGGCGGAAGGCUGCGUUUAAUCCGUCUGCGGAUCCUGUGAGCUCGCAAUGGCUGUGACGGGGGUAUGCAACUGGAUAGGGAGUCAUGUGCCUUUUUAUUUCCUGCUGUUUUCCUUAUUUUGUGGCCUUUCGUUUGGACAGUUGCGAUACUCUAUAACAGAAGAACAAGAAAAUGGGGCACUGGUCGGCGAUCUGGCGAGCGAUCUGGAGCUGGACAUCCGUAAGCUCUCCACCCGAAAAAUCAAGGUAACCUCCAACAGCGGUAAGCGCUACGUGAUUGUCAACCCCAAAAAUGGGAAAUUACUUGUCAAUGAACGGAUCGACAGAGAGGCACUGUGUGAUCUAUCCAGCACCUGUCACAUUAAUCUGGAGGUGAUGGUGGAAAACCCCACCGAGGUGCACCAUGUUGAGGUGGAGAUUGUGGAUGCCAACGACAAUGCGCCGCAGUUCCCCAAAGACGAGUACCAAUUGGAGAUCACAGAAUCCGCUCUGCCGGGCUCUCGUUACCCCAUCGAGCACGCGCAGGAUCCAGACAUCGGAUCCAAUUCAAUUCGCAUGUAUCAGCUGAGCACAAACGACCAUUUCGCGCUGGUGUCCAACAAACCGGCUCUCAACACAAAGCACAUUGAGCUGGUGCUUAAAAAGCCCCUCGAUCGCGAGCAGACGGCCUACCACCAGUUAAUUCUAAGUGCCGUGGAUGGUGGCACGCCAGAAAAAACAGGGACGGCCCAAAUCAACGUGCGGGUCUUGGACUCAAAUGACAACGUUCCCGUGUUUGACAACUCCGUGUAUAAGGUGAAACUGUUGGAAAACUCACCCAAAAACACCCUGGUGAUUAAGCUGAACGCAAGUGACUUAGACGAGGGCACAAAUGGAGAAGUUUAUUACUCUUUCAGCAGCUACACUCCGGAGAGAGUCAGACAGAUGUUCAGCAUGGACACCAACACAGGAGAAAUAAGAGUGAGGAACAAUGUUGAUUAUGAAGAGACCAACUCCUACGAGAUGUACAUCCAGGCCAUGGAUAAGGGACCCGGGGCCGUGGCUGCACACUGUAAGGUGGUGGUAGAGGUGGUGGAUGUGAAUGACAAUAUCCCUCAGAUAGUGCUGUCAUCCCUGUCCAGCCCUGUGAGGGAGGACGCCCGUGCAGACACAGUAGUAGCCCUCAUUAGUGUUACGGAUAAAGACUCCGGAGCAAACAAGCAGGUGAGCUUAGAGAUCCCAGCAGGCCUUCCUUUCAAGAUCAAAUCUUUCAGAAACUACUACACUCUGGUUACCUCAGCCUUCCUGGACCGUGAGACCACUGAUGCCUACAAUGUCACUCUGAGUGCCACAGAUGGAGGAGUUCCUCCCCUGUCUUCGCAGAAGACCUUCCAGGUGGACGUGGCCGAUGUUAAUGACAACCCGCCACGCUUUGAACAGACGUCAUAUACGGUCUAUGUGGGUGAGAACAACGCCCCCGGAGCCCCUUUGUGUACGGUGAAGGCUCAAGAUGCAGAUAUCAAAGAGAACGCACGCAUCACCUACACAGUGCUCAAUGACAACAACCACGGCAUUCCUGUCACCUCGUAUGUGUCGGUGAAGGCCGAUACAGGGGAGGCCUAUGCCUUGCGAGCCUUCGACUAUGAGUCACUGAGAGAGUUUCAUUUCCAGGUCAAAGCCCAGGAUGGGGGCAUUCCUCCUCUCAGCAGAGUGGCCACAGUCUACAUCUACAUCAUGGAUCAGAAUGAUCACGCCCCACUCAUAGUUAGCCCUCCCGGCAACGGGACGCGCUCCUUGGAGACGGUACAAAAGAACGCUGAUCCUGGUGCCUUGGUGACCAAGGUGGUGGCAUAUGACGCAGACGCUGGUCCAAAUGCUUGGCUGGUCUAUGUCAUCGACACUGCCACAGACCUGGACUUGUUCAAAGUUCACGAACACACUGGUGAGAUCAGGACCACUCGCAGGAUCCUGGAAGACAACUCCACAUCCUUCUCUCUAACUGUGCUUGUGAAAGACCAUGGCAAGCCUGCUCUCUCCUCCACCGCCACCAUCAACGUGGCCGUCAUGGAAGUACCACCCAAAGCCGCACCUGACCCCAAGAGGACGUCGCGACCUCACAGCGCCUUGCUUUUCUCCAACGUCACCCUCUACUUGAUCGUGGCCCUAAGCGCCACGACGUUUGUUUUCCUGGUCACUGUGGUGGUGCUGGCCAUCGUCCGCUGUCACGCCUACUGCACCCAGCCUGGGUCCUGCUCGCCGUGCUGCGUGUCCCAGAAACCCCCUCCAGAUGGUGGGAGCAGCAGCGUGAGUGCUGGUGGGGGAGGCCCCGGCGGAGCCCCGGGACAGCCCAACAACAACGUGGUGCUUCGGAGAGACCUCAAAGUCGAGCCUCAUUACAUUGAAGUGCGGGGAAAUGGCUCCCUAACAAAGACAUACUGUUACAAGACCUGCCUGACCGCCACUUCCGGCAGCGACACGUUCAUGUUUUACAACACGGGACGGCCCAUCAGCGGCACCUGGGGUAGCGGGGCCGACCGCUUCUUCACCAGUGGGAGCGGAUUUGUACGAAGACUGAGUAUGCCUGAUGCCUCGCUGCAAAUCUGCCCAGAGCCGAAAGCCCCGAAUGCUGACUGGAGAUAUUCUGCAUCUUUGAGGGCCGGGAUGCAGAGCAGUUCCGUCCACAUGGAGGAGGCCUCGGUGAUGCAGGGAGCUCAGGGGAUGCUGGUGCAGAACUGGCCCACUGUAUCCAGCGCUGCAGAUGGAGAAGGUGGAGGAGAGCUAUCUCCCCCAGUGGGUGCCGGAGUCAACAGCAACAGCUGGCACUUCAGAUACGGCGCCCAACAAGGAUACUGCCCCCCUCAGCAGCUGAAACCCGGGGAGAUCCCUCCUGAGGCCUUCAUCAUCCCCGGAUCCCCGGCCAUCAUCUCCAUUCGCCACGACGGGGGGCCUGUGGACGACAAAGGCGACUUCAUUAGCUUCGGCAAGAAGGAGGACGCCAAGAAGAAGAAGAAGAAGAAGAAGGACAAGAAGGACAAGAAGGAGAAAGGAAAGGAUGAUGGCGACGACUAGAAGAGAAGGGGUGACUUGAAAGCAAAGCUACCGACAAACUACCAUCCGACUUCAGAGCCAGAAAAAUAAGCCAAAUGCGUAUUGUACAACAAUGGCAGCCCCCCCAUGCACCACAUUUGCAUAGACAUUGUACAGUGGCCAACCCCUCAUCCACACAGGCCUGGCUCCCACAUCAUGCGAACUACAAAUGUUCUUUAUGUCAAGGCUGGACCAAAUUAACACAGAAAUGAGUUUAUUUGCUUAGAUUAGCCUUUCUGUGAUUUCACCAUCCAAUCCACUGAACCUCUGCCCCGCCACGUUUGUAUAAGUGACAACAAAAAGCACCCCCAAAAAGGUGCAAUAUUUGUAUCUGACCAUUGUCAGCCACGGCUGCCAUCUCUGGCACCCCUUUUUAUUUAUUUUUUCUUUGCCAAGUCAAAGUGAAGCGAAAGCCAAAACUAUACCAACAAACCCACAAACAUGCAACGGAGGCUUUCGUCUUAAACAGGGCGUGUCGGACUCCAGAAAGUUGAGUCUUUUGUAAAAUAAAAAAAUGCCGAAAAAAAAGGAAAAGGAGGAAAAAACAGUGAGAAAAGGAAAUGCAAUGACAUAUACAAUAAGAUUAGCACCUUUAAGAGAGUGAGCUGGCUGAGAGACUCUGGACCACACUCCAACAAAGAGCUCCGUCUCAGUGUAAAAUAGCACAUGGCAGAAGCUGAGAAUCUGCACUGGGUUGCACCAACUACGCGCACGUUUGUUCCCAGGUUAGUUCACAAAGUAGCGGCUUAACAGCUGCUAGCUUAUUUGUAAGUCCCAAGUUACUGAAACUGACUGAACAGUGGACAUAACGCUAAACGUUGAAGAUGUCGAACGAGUAGCUCGUCAGCGGUGGCAACGCGCUGCUGACGGCUGCACAACGCGUGACUUCAACCGUGACUCGAUACGCUCACGAUUGGUUAAACAGAAUCGUUAUUCUUCUCUAACUUAGUAAUACUAGUAUUUGCAUGUUUUGGUCCAUUCUCUGCAAACUAUUCACUCCGGACCGUGGUAAAAUAAGACAACAUGGCUCCUUCUUAAGUGCUGUAAUAACCGAGAUGAAGCUGGUAUGCUGGAAACCCGUAAAAGUGAACAGAAAGUCUGGUUUAGGUGCUAUUUGAGAUAUACUUUAUUGGUGUAACAAUGUAGCUAUUCACUAUAAUCAUCCAAUUUAAACAUGGAAACAUUUCAGGUGAAGUUGUUCAUUUUGAUAAGCUAGUAAUAAAUCGGAGCCAGAUCCUCCCUGGACGGAUGGAAAUGAGCUGUUGGAAAGUGUCAAUCUGUAAUCGGCAUAUGAUAUUACGUGUAGAAAAUGGACAGAAACAUGCAGAAUUUGUGCCACGGCCCUUAAGGCUGCAAGACGGCAUGAAUUUGCUAAAGAAAAAACAAAUGCUGCGUGCAAAAAAAAAUAAGAAAACAAAAAAAGGAAAUGAAUCCUGCUUUACUGGUAGUGAGUGCAGUUCGUGACUUUGUAUCAUUUGCACCUGCUUUAUUGCUUGCUUAACUAUUUAGUUGUUGCAUAUGGUUGCGUUACAACAGAUUAUUGUGGUGGUAUCGCUUGUAAUUUAGCAUUAAUUGGGAUUAGUGCUCACUUCGGAUGUAACUAGGGAACCUAUACGUGCAGCUGAUGCAACCAGCCCCUCGACGGGGUCUUACUCCCGCCGUGCAUCGGCACACUCAGCCCAACACACACACACAUGACAAGAACACUUACUCUCUCUGCCUUUUAGUGGCCCAGAAUAAAACCACACACAUACACAGUCUCCUACAUUCAGAACAAGACGAACGCACAAACUGAAAAUGAAAAUAUGCACCCCGAUCUGGAAACUCCAAAAGUGAAGGCCAGCGCCGUCCUCAUCCUCAGUGCGGAAGUGUAUUAUAUAGCCAGGACGCAGGGACGUUGCUUGUCGCUUCAUUUCUGUUUCAAAGUUUCAAGCCUGCUCCCUCUACUUCUGUCGUUGAAUGUUAAGUGGUUGUUCUUCAGGCCCGGCACCGCUGCCUCCACCGCUUCAGCGCUUGUAGGAUCCGCUUUCCCCGCUAUCCCGUUUCCUCCCUCCACUCCCAUUUUGUCAAAUCAUCAUGGUUGGAUAACAUCUUUAAAGUCGCUCCCCUCGAGUGAGCUGUGCAGUCGGGACGGAGGAACACUUACAUGUAUCCAUAUUUACACAGAAAACAGACAGACACCCAGAUCCCCGCCAAACACUCAUGUUCAUCUUUAGUUAAGUUCAACCUCAGUUUGAACUGAGCUUAGGACGCUCUGCCGUCGUUUCUCUUCUGACUGCUCACUGUUGACAGCUCUGUCAUCCCCCUCAUGGGCUGCACGCUCGCCGUGGUGAGGACGACUGACAGGUUAGCAGAAACUCAGCUCAUGCGUCGCUCGAUGUGAUGGGAUCAGAGAGACUGGCCCCUUAAAGAAAUCGCAUUCAUGUCAGCGGAUCUUUUUGAUCCAUUCGGGGAGAAAAAAGAAACUACUGGGCGAGUCGGUCCUCGGCUGCGCCUGCUGCGGUUCUGGGAUUGCAGGUCAGCAGCAGUGGAAGGAGGAUGGUGGUUGCAUUCAAAGAGGGGAGUAAACAGGGGUGAAACCGCCAAUGGUGCGACGGUUAAGAGGUCUCAAUCACACAAUCACACCUUAAAGGGAUCAAAUCGUUGACGUAUUUGCAGCAGUCUGACCCAAGGCCCAAAAUGAGUGAUCCAGAUGUGAGCUUUAGUCAUCCUGAUGCUGUAAAGCUCAGAACUAUUGCAAGUGGUUGAAACGUCUCCUCGGCGCUCCUUUCUUUUAGACCAUCGCAUCAACCAGUCACGGUUGGGGUGUGAAGGUGCUGCCAUCAAGCUCAGUCCUCCCCGAACACCAAUCCUCCCCCCUGCUCCUUCCUGCAGGUGUAAGUCUGUGCUGUCCGAUUACCAAGUGGCUGUUUGCAUGUUAUGAGCAAAGGAAACAGAUUCUAUAUAGAUAUUAUAUAUACAUAGAUAUGUUUUUGUUUUUUUGUUUUUUUUUUUCCCACUGGGAAACGCGUAUUGGAAUACAUAUACCUCUGAUACUGAUUCCCAAGAAAAUGCACACACGUGAAAAAAGAACCACACUCAUCCAAGAAGAAACACAUGCCUACAGUACACAACUGAUAUCGGAAACAGUGAACUUGUGGGAAAAUCCUAAAAGAACCACAUUUUGUAUCCUGUUGAAAAUGACUUUAAUCUUCUAGAUAUACAUGAUUCUAUUGUGCUAUGCUUUGAAAUGCCUUUUUAUUCCCCGUUUUCGCCCAUACAGUAUGGUUUUCACAGAGAAGAAACUCAGUCCUUAGACCCGUGUUGAGCUUUGAACUGAUCGAACAAACACUAUUGUGGAACUGACUCAUUUAUUCACUCUCCAUAUCUGUUUGUUACCCUGCAGAGGAAAAAAAAAGGAAAAAAGACACAAAAAAAACAAGAUAAAAAUCCAAGAAAAGUCCAUUAAAAAAAUGAAAUCGGUGUAUUCUCUUCUUGUGUAUAGUGAAUGUUGCUGGGUGCGGCGGCGGCGGCCGGCGAACACCGGUCGACUGCGGCCGUGCAGACCUGUUCAUAACCUUUUUGUACACCUGCUUAUCAUUGUUAAGGUGAUAAUAGUGAUUCUUAUGAUUUCAUCAAUCUGGUAAUGUGUUUUGUUAACAAGUCACAAAUAAAGUUUUCUUUUCUUAAAUAUCUUAAA